CGAUCCCUCCCUCCUUGGCAACUACGUUAGCGCGAGUUACUCAACGGUCUACUCUGCGUAUUCGCGCGCCCAUCCAGUGCUAGGAAGUACUGUCUCCUCACUGUUCGACUUCGUUGCCCCUGUCGGUGUGUGACGCCGGUGCGCUCCUCCCGGCCUACAGCAGCAACGCCACCACAGCCACCAUGUCCCGCUACUCCAGGCCUCCCAACACCUCCCUCUUCGUCCGGAACGUGGCAGAUGGCACCAGACUUUCUGAUGAUCAGUUUGACCCAGAGCUACAACUAAGGCCGGAGGAUUUGCGGCGUGAGUUUGGUCGGUACGGGCCAAUAGUAGACGUUUACAUUCCUCUUGACUACUACAAUCGUCGGCCCAGAGGAUUUGCAUAUAUCCAGUUUGAAGAUGUCAGAGAUGCUGAAGAUGCCCUUUAUAAUCUCAACAGAAAAUGGGUUUGUGGACGUCAAAUUGAGAUUCAAUUUGCUCAAGGUGAUCGAAAAACACCUGGACAAAUGAAGUCCAAGGAGAGACAUGACGGCUCCCCGGAUGAUCGCAGAAGGUCUAGAAGCCGCAGCAGAAGGCGAACACGGAGUCGAAGCUCCUCGUGGAACCGUGGUAGAAGGAGGUCAGGCAACAAUAAAGUGUCAAAACACAGGAGGCAUUCUUAUAGCCAUUCAAAAUCGCAUUCAAAGUCACCGCAAAGACAUUCUUUCUCAAGAGGAAAAUCUAGAUCAGUGGGAAAAUCACCAUCGGGUUCACCACCACCAAGGCAUUCUGGAUCAAAAUCACGAUCUGGUCCGAGGCAUUCUGGAUCUGCUAGAUCCCAUUCAAAGUCUCCACGUCCUAAACAUACCAACUCUACUUCUCAAAAGGAUAUAGCCUGGCACACUAGCUCCCGAUCCAGAUCUAGAUCACGGGGGGGCUACAGGGGUAAAAACAGCCGACAAUCUGGUUCUGAUGAAGACUAGUGUCUUCUCAUAACCAAUUACAGGCCAUAGGAACAUACAGCUCAUAUAAUCACAAUGCUUUGCAAUUUCCUCAUCAGUUUUUAAGAGUUGCUCAUAUCACUUAGGCUUCCUGUGGAGAAAAUAAAAACUCUAUACUGUAGAUCUAGAAGAUGUGAAGGCAAUAUUCUGCCUUUAAAAAAAAUAUUAAAAAAAGCAGUAUUCCAAAAGCCUGUUUUUUUUUGGGGGGGGGGGGGGGUUGGGUCUAUUGGAGUUUGCUUUGUUUUCAUGUAUGGAGCAUUUGAAAGGCUAAUGAAUGUGUGUAAUGCAAUGUUUUUCUUAGGCCAAUUUAUCUAUGGCUAGUUCUAUUAUCUCCAUAAUUUUGUAACAGACCCCCCUUUUGAUAAAUUAAGAACUACAAGGUAACUUUAACAAAUUUGUCUUUAAAUGUUCUGUAAACUAUUUGUUCCCACAUUUAUGGUAAAUUCUAAGUUUGACUAAAGAUGUGCAUGACUUUUCGUUUUUAUGCUUGCUAUGUUGGAGAAACCAUUAUAUUGUGAUUUCUCUAGUUGUAUUUUAAAAGCAGUAGUAUGGUUCUCAUAGUACUUCAUUUUUGGUUUUUGUCCUCUGGAACGUUUUUUUGAAAUGGUAUUGUUAGACAUAGUUGCAUAUUUUUGUCUAGCAGUUUUAAUAAAUCAAAAUUGCACAACA